UUGAGCACGAAGUUAACCGCUUUAAUGAAUGGAAAAAUGGACUUUCUGAAAAUAGACCUAUUGGGUAUAACCAAAUUGGCGAAAAGGGGAAUAAUGCUAGUAGCCAAGUCGGAGUACAGGUUUCUGCUUUAGGCAUUUUAAAAGUAUACCCACAAUUUGUAAACAUCCAAGCACUUUAUCGAAAGAAGGGCUACCUUGAGCCGAGUCACCGCAAACUGAUAAGCAACUUAAUUUGCGAUUUUUUAAUCAGUAAUGGAAUCGAUUGGCAACCUAGGAGGUUUAAAGAAAUUUCAGAGCAAUUAGUCGAAAUGUUUCCAACUGAAGUGAAGGAGACUUACUAUCUGCAAAUCAAAAAUAAAAAAGCUGGAGGUGUUUUGUGCUGCAGGUAUAGAAACUCCUUGGCCAAACGAAGAGUCCUUGAGUCAACAGUCAACAUUGAAGACGACGGAGAUGAGCCUGCUGACGAAGAGAACGAUAACUAUAAUAAUAAUGCAAAGUACUGGCUCAAAUGCAAUGUUGCCCCAUUGAAUAUAGUCAAGGAACAUUGGGAACACACCUUCUCAGAGAGAAAAUUGUCGAUUCAAACUGGAAGCAAGAACUUAAACGCAAUUCUUGAAGAAUGGCCUAUUUUAAGACAGAGUUUUGGACAUGAAUUGAUAAGUCGAGAUUUUGAGCUUAAGUAUCCAGAGACUAUCAUCGAUUUGGAAACUCAAUGGUCAACAUUUCGAUCAAAGUUCCUGCAACUAUCGCAAGAAAGAGUGAAGGAAAAUUACAGCCUGGAAAUACUGAAGAAAUUAAAAACGGAUUUAGCAGACGACGGUAAAGUUUCCUACUCUGCUUAGGUCUACCAUAUUUAUAAGUCCCUGCUUCCAGAUCAACUUAAUAUUGCAACCAUUACAAUUUUACAUGCCAUCUUGAAACCAACGGCUCGUAAAGUGGUUAAGAAGGGAAACAACGAGAAAAUUGGCGUAAAGGUAACAAUUCAAGACUCGCGACAAAGUUUUUUCGCACAGUUUUCAUCGUCCGCCGAGUUGGAGAGUGCUAUAAAAGAAAAAAUCGAAGAACAGUUGAAGUGUAACGAAUGUCUACAGCCAAUUAUCUGUGGCAUCGGUCCAACCGUUUUGGAAGCUACUGAAUUUUUCGUUUAUUAUGCCGAUAUUUACUAUAAGUUUACAAACAUUUUAAGCGCCAUUGAGUCUUGCUUUAAACUUUUUUAUGUCCUUGAUCUUAAAUAUCCUGAGUCGUGUAAGUUAGUAUGGUUGUUUUUUCAAGAAUAUUUCUUUAACUUCAAGUUAUCCGAUAAAGAUAUACAUCCCUCGGUGAAGUCAUUAAUUAAUGACCUAAAAUGAAAAACAAGUUCUUACUUUCAUGAGUGCAUAUAAUUUUGAUUUAAAUAUUCUUUUUAAAUUUUGAAUUUUAUUAAUUUUUUUUUUCCUUUUUACUUUCA